CACACCAGGAAGCUACCUUUACACGCGUGUAAAAAACGUGGGGAUCCUCACUCCCAAUUACAUACCACCCUUCCUUCCCACCAACCUUCCUUCCCAACCCCCUUCCUUCCCAACGCAAUUGUGAGCAGUAAGCAUCCCCGGUUUCACCUUCAACCGCCACCAGGUAACAACCGCAAUUCCUCACCGUUCUCAGCCUCAUUACCACAGCACUGACGUGAGUUCCUUGACGCACAGCUAUCACGGCAAUCACCACCCGUCUCGGCUGACUUAAAGCACAGCACGGCCAUCAUGCCAUCACACCAGGCGCUCCAGGGGCACCUGUGGUGUGGCAUCUUUACCGAAGCUACCACACCACGGCGGAAGAGGAGGAAGGUUGCUCCGGUUACCCCGCGGUUGCCCAUACGUCUGCCAACCGCUGUGCAGACACCAUUGCAACCACCCCCGCGAUUCGAAUUCCCACCGUCUGUCCAACGCCACUUGCCCCAAGCAAUCGCAGACAUGGUUAGCGAGAGUUCUGGCGAUGAAGACGGGCAACAGCAACAGCAGCGAGGGCUCUCACCCGCGGACAGGGGUCUGCAGCGUCCGUUGAACCUCCCCGCUCCCAUCCCUUUCCCUUUUCCCAGCACACCGGGCGGAUCCCUGGUGCUUGAACCCCCCCCACCACCACCAGUUCAACGACCCUGCCCGCAGACGCAUGCCAGCACGAAGGUUUCCCUUUACCGAAUCCAAAAUCACAAUCAAGUGCAAAGGGAGCGCCUAACAACCUUCAUCGCCGAUGUUCACAUCCUGGCGCCCCACACCAGCUUUUUUCUCAAGUACUACCUUGGCUACAACGCCAAUCCGGUCAUCGCGCAAGAGUUGCAUCCAUGGGUUCAAGACUGCUGUGAUGUUCACGGAUUCGCCCCCAUCCGCAUGCGGUAUUGCCAACAGACCGCAGCGUACACGGCUACGAGCAUCUUCACAAACCUCAAAGUUAACGUACAAGAGCAUUUCAUGCAAAUGUUUCUGCGCUACGUCAAUGAAAGGCUUGGUUUGAAGCAAGUCGUACUGCAUCUCCGUAGAGCUGGAGUCAACCGAGCGCAGCGGCGACGCUAUUACCAGCGUGUCCGUCAGUUCAAAAAGUAUGCGACGUUUGAAGAGUUUCCAACCGAAGAAGAGUUUGCGCGCCUCACACGACUUGAGCGGACCGUCCUCGACGAGUUAUGGGCUCUGCUUCCUCCCCUGGAUGAAGCGCUUGCGUACAGCCUUGCGGUGGACGCAAUGCCAUAUUUAGGUGCCUAUUGUGAGCUCUCACGCCUCUAUGAGCGCCGUGGAAUGCGGCUGUUUUCCGCUAUCCCGCUGCGCAAAUCUCGAAUCCAGUCAUCUGUUCGGAUCGACACGAAGAUCCUAACCACUCAUAUCCUGGCCUUGGGCCACCAUCGCAUGGGGAAACUCACCGAUCAACGCAAGCGGGAGCUGUGGGGGCAGUUUCUCAAUAUCAAUGACAAGGUCUUCAAGCAUCGAAAGAAGCUUGGUCUCAAAUUUGAUGGGUCAAUCAGCACAAACGGGUAUUCCGCUACCAUCCACUUCAAGAAGCCAGGGCUCAAGUACGGCCAUCGCGCCCGGAAGCGCAGCAAAGCCCAAAUGCAGGAAGAAGUCAAGCAGCUAUACACAUCCAAUCAACGGGCGGUCGAGACAAAGUCUCGGUACUUUCAAAGAGACAUGAGAGAGCGAAAGAUCAAUGCCGGCAUCGCCGAGAUGGAAUCACAUAUUCCAUCGCACAAGAGCAUGAACAUCGAGGCGUUCUCAGCGUUCAUUGUGGAUCACAUACAUGCAGUAUUACCUGGGCUGACAUCCAUCCAUAUCCCAGAUCCCGCCCUGGAUGAGUUUUACCAGGAUGAGAUUCACAUCGCUCGCAGGUUCAAGGCCUUCUCACUGCGGCAAAAGUCUGAGAGCAAGCUCAUUAAGAACAUGCGACGCCGGUAUGGAAAGAAUUUUUCGGUCAUCUUGGGUGAUUGGAGCGAUGCUGGGAAAAUGAUGCGCUUUCAGGAGUCAUCGAAGACCAAGGGAUUCCGCACACUCUUUGCAAGAAACAGCAUUCCAUGCUACUUGCUAGAUGAGUAUCGAACGUCGUCCGUGUGCCCUGACUGCCACGGCCGUGUGAAGAAAAACAUCCGACAGCGGCUGUCAUCUCGGCCAUGGCAAGCUAGAAAGGGAAGAAUGGAAUACGUCCAUGGAUUGGUGGGUUGCCCCAACCCCGAAUGUAUCAACCAAGACUGGACACCAUUUGAGAUUCCUGGAAGACGACCACUACGACUACGGAUGAAAGUGCACAAUCGGGACGUCCUGAGCACCAAGAAUUUCCUCUCGAUUGUGCGUUCGGUGGUGUUUGGCAAUGGCCGCAGACCAGACGCAUUCUCCCGUAACCGGUAGUCUAGAUUUCACCCCAUCCCAUUUUCCGUGGUGGUUAUCUGCCAUCCACAUCAUUGUACCUCUGCCUGAGGCGUCGCCAAUGAAGGCAACUUGUAGUUGAUGCUGCCC